AAGAGCUGUUUGGGAGCCGACUCUUCUUGGUGAACUGAGUCUAAUGAUCUGACUCCCUAAAAAGAUCCGAACUUCCCAUCACUUAUUCUACUUCCGGCACAUUGACAUAUGACCUAGCAGCCUCCUAAAGCAGCGCCCCCCUACGGCACAAAAAGUCCCAAUAAAAAUGUAAUUAUACCACAUGUGUACACAUUACCAUAUGCUUCUUUACCCGUAUGUAGAAACUGAGUAAUGUAAGUCUUAAGUUAUAUGAUUUAACUGUGUACAAACAGUGUUAGCAUCACAGAACGUCGAGGCUCUUGAAGCCAGCCUUAAAAAUGCUCCCUUUGGACGCCCUCAAAAAAUGUCGUAAAUUUGACUUUUGCACAACAUAAUCAUGGGGAAAAAAUCUAAUUUAGAGUAUCUGAAUGUACACUACACUGAAAGAGUAAACUUUAGAGAGGGUGAGCAAAGAAGUCGUGUCUUAGUAUUGAUAGGGGAAUUUUUUUUGGCCAGUAAAUUACGUUAUACUUGAGUUUUGCACCUCAGACGCAUUUUCUACGCUGAUCCAAACAGUUUUAUUCAAAUUAUCAAUUUGUAGAGUAAAAAACAUCAACUUCAUACUUCUCUAACAAUGUGGCGUUUCUCAGUACUCUAUUGCAAACAGAGAAAAGCCAUGACAUGACAUCGCUGAGGUCAAAGUAAUCGUUACAGGGGGGGUUACGUGAAGGCAACAUCCGGCGCAGAGUAAACAGUGGCUGUGCAGCGGCGUGUCAAACUAGCCUGUGAGCUAACGAUGCAUUUUCGCCAGGUUUUGCGCACACAGUUCGUCUGGACAAGAACAACUCACCUGAACAGUUUACACCGCGUUUGUCGAGCCGAGGUAGCUGUUCAAAAAACAAACCUACUUGCUCUCGUCUUUGUACAUGUGUUACUUUCGUCGGCUGCAGCAGAGCAGUCUGACAGCCCUGGUGGUAGCUGCGGGAAACCUGCAGAGCUCCACCACCGAGAGAGACCACUGUGCACCAAAAGUGACGAGGUGAAGUUGGCAGAGGAGGCCAGCAAGAAGUAUGGCUCCCCGGCUCCGACCAUCUUCUCUAAAGUGAUUGACAAAAGCAUCCCUGCGGAUAUUAUUUAUGAAGAUGACAAGUGUUUGGCAUUCAGGGAUAUCAACCCACAGGCCCCUGUUCAUUUUCUGGUUAUCCCAAGGGUCCCGAUACCCAGAAUAAGUGAGGCCAGAGAUGAUGAUGCAGAGCUCUUAGGGCAUUUGCUGGUUGUUGCUAAAAAUGUGGCAAAACAAGAAUCUCUAAAUAAAGGAUACAGAGUUGUGAUCAAUGAUGGAAAGCACGGUGCUCAGUCAGUCUACCACCUUCAUGUCCAUGUCCUAGGAGGAAGGCAGAUGAUGUGGCCACCAGGAUAAUGGUUUCAUGUGUCUGUUAGUCUUUUGUGUGUGUCUUUCAUGUGAUUAAUCCCAUAAUCUUGCCAUGAAGCAUUGUACUACACAGAAUAUGACAUGUAAAUAUGUUGAUCUUCACAAAUGUAAUAAUCCGGAAACAUAGAUUAUGUUUGAUAAAUAAAGACACUAUUUCUAAUA